AUGAGUAAUUUAGAAGAUAAAGAACUCGAAGACCUUGAUUUCUAUGACCUUCUUGGAGUCGAUUACAACAGCACCCUUGAAGACAUUGAAAAGGCUUAUCGUAAGAAAGCACGAAAAUAUCAUCCCGACAAGAACAGAGAAAAUCCUGAAGCAGCAACAAAGAUAUUUCAUCAGGUUUCCAAGGCGUUCGAGUUUCUUUCUGACCCAACUAAAAAGUUAGAAUAUGAUAAUGCACGAAAAGCGCGCGUUGCCGCUAAGAAACGAUACGAGGCAUUAGAUGCAAAACGUAAAGUUAUGAAAGAAGAUUUGGAGGAAAAUGAGAGAGCAGCAAGAUUAAAGAAACAACAAAAGACGUAUUCUGAAGAACCAGAACAAAUCAAGGUGGAACGAUUACGAGCAGAAACAGCACAGCGUCGGCAACAACUCGCUGAGAAGUUAAAGAGGCGCGCUGCCGAAUUCAAGGCUUCUAAAUAA